CCCACCCAUCCGAUGCGCGAUCAGAUCGGAGCGGUCAUGACGUGGCUGUCUGGUUCUGAGACGGGGGCCAGCUGCUUCCCGGUGUCGGUGCAGGAGGCUCGGCGCGUUCGGCGUGGAUAACCGAGCCGCUUCCUUUAGUCGGAUGCGUUUGCGUGAACGAGGGUCGCCCAGGCAAUGAUGGUCGCAGCUUGGCUCAGAGAAAGGACUUGAGAGAAAAGGAUGGGCCGGAGUGUCUCGGGCUUCUGGCAGAGUUUCCUCUCUACUGCGGUCCUCUACGGCUCACUGGCCCUGUUCACAUCCAUCCUCCACAAUGUGUUCCUGCUUUAUUACGUGGAGACGUUCGUGUCCAUCUACAAGAUUGACAAAGUCUCAUUCUGGGUGGGAGAGGCUGUUUUCCUCAUCUGGAACAGUCUGAAUGACCCUCUCUUUGGUUGGCUGAGUGACCGCUCCUUCCUCAGCUCCCCUCCGUCAGGCUCUCAGAUCAGCUCCCCAGAGGUGGUGCUGAAGCGCCUGAAGGCCCUUUCUACCAAUGGCCCUCUCUUUGCGCUGUCCUUCCUGGCCUUCUGGGUGGCGUGGGCCAGCCCGGGCCUGCAGUUCCUGCUGUGCCUGUGCCUGUACGACGGCUUCCUCACCAUGGUGGACCUCCACCACAGCGCGCUGCUGGCGGACCUCGCCGUGUCGGCCGCCGACCGCACGCGCCUCAACUUCCACUGCUCCGUGUUCAGCGCUCUGGGCUCCGUCUCCGUCUUCCUCUCCUACUCCGUGUGGGACAAGGAAGACUUCUACUCCUUCCGCCUGUUCUGCGUGACGCUGGCAGCUUUUUCCAUUCUGGGCUUUUUUGUCGUGUCGCGACUUUUGCGGCAGCGUUUCGACAAGGAGAUCCGUCCGAAGCAAGACGACGCCACGACUCUAAAAGAGCUGAGUGUGGGUCACGCUCCGUUUACCCAAACGGAGAGGCCGCUCACCGUGGGCCAGUAUCUGAAGCAGCUCUCCAGGCACAGAAACUUCAUGUGGUUCGUGUCCAUGAAUCUUAUCCAGGUGUUUCACUGCCACUUCAACAGCAACUUCUUCCCUCUUUUCCUCGAACACCUUUUGUCCGAUAACAUCUCCGCCUCGACUGGCUCAAUCCUGCUCGGCAUCUCUUACGUUGCCCCCCACCUGAACAACUUGUAUUUCCUGACACUGUGCCAGCGUUACGGGGUUUACCAGGUUAUCCGCUGGCUCUUUAUGCUCAAACUGGGACUUAGCGUGGUUAUGCUGCUUGCAGGGGCUGACCACAUUUAUCUGCUGUGCAUCUUCAUCGCUAGCAACCGGGUGUUCACCGAGGGCACCUGCAAGCUGCUCAAGCUGGUCGUUUCCGACCUGGUCGACGAGGACUUCGUGGUGAACAGGCGGCAGCAGGCAGCCUCGGCUCUCCUCUUUGGGAUGGUCAACCUGCUGACCAAACCGGGCCAGACGUUCGCCCCGCUCAUCGGCACCUGGCUGCUCUGUGCUUACACAGGUUAUGAUAUCUUUCAGCGGACGCCCGUAAAGGAUCCUGUGUCUGCCUCUGACUCAGGGACCCCGCCUCUUCGCCUGGGCUGUUUCUACAUGUUGGUGUGCGUGCCUAUCACAUGUGCCCUGCUCCAGCUGGCCAGCUGGUCUCGCUUCACUCUUCACGGCCGAAAGCUGCAGGGAAUCAAGACCCUACGGCAGGGGACCCAGCACGGCAGUCUUAUUGAUGUCAAGGCCAUUUGAACCGAAGGAAAAGGAAGCAUGGAGUUGCACAAAGACACUUUUUUUUUUUAAUGACCGUUUUUAUGUUUAUGGAAUGUCUUAGGAAGCAAAAAAGCUGCCGUGUCUUCACUCUGCAGCUUUCAUUGUGAAACUCUGAACUAUUACACAACCUUUUGUACAGCGAAGAAAUCCCUCAUGGCAAACGUUUUUGAACAAACUGAACCAUGCUAUAUUUUUUUAUAUUGGGAUUCAGAUUAUAUUUAUAUUUAAAUCAAAGACCAAAAGCUAACAUUAAACCAAUCGAUCCUUUUGGGGUUUUGUGGACCAAUAUGAGAGCAUUUUUGGACCAGGAGGUGUGCCGUUUUUUUAAACUGUUUGUAAAGCAUCACGAUCGCCGCUGCUAAUUGAUAAUCCCGUAACAUCAGCUAGUUAAUCCAAACCGGGAGAACGGUUUUUGCCUUGGGUCCACAGUUCUCGAGUGUGACGUCUUUGAGGAAAGCAUAGAACGGCGUUGAAUUCAGAGUGCCACUGAUGCAGCAUAAAACCUGCAGUUGUGUUAAAUGUUUACUGCACAGAAUGUCCUGCCAGAAAUUUAACUUGGAAUAUUUUUAGUACUGAAUAUGUUCUUGCUUUGUCAUCUUUCUGUUGUAAUUUUCUAACUUUUUUUUUUUUUUUUUUUCAGUUUCUCAUAUUUAAUUAUUGGUGUAAUGAAAUUAAAGCAAGAAAUUGUGUCUGUAGGAAACCUUUCAGCUCACUGUUUUUCUUGAUGGAUAUGAAAUCAACUGGAGCAGGGCACAAAUAGGCUUUUAUUAUUCUCCUAUAUAUAGUUAAGCUUCAAACCACAUGUUCAUGAUAAGUUGGUAUUUGUGGUAUUAUUUCCUAUUAGUUCAUGUAUGUUUUCGUCAAUACUUAACUGUAGGGAUUUGAUAUUUGUUUAAAAAAAUUAAAUCCUCUUGCAUUUUUUUUAAUCAUGAAAUUCUUAGUGUUGAUUAAGUCAGUCUAAGAUUUACUCAGUUGUGUGGCGCAUUGGCAAACUUUGUAUGUCCUGUCUGGCUGUGUAGCACUAAGAAUUGCUGCCUUAAUGCCAAAGAGCCCAACGGAUUCACCCUCUUGUCCAUGCAGCAAGAGGGUUCACGGUUCCAGGUUAACUUGUUAAUAUAAAUUUAAUUUGGGUAUGAUAGUUUGU